CUAGAGUUUUGUGGUGUGGUCUUUAGUACUGACUUGACGUUUUUUCAAGGGGAAAUUUCUCAUAUUGCCAUCUCUGCCGAAUAAACAAUUCUUCACUCAGCUUUGCUCAUAUCUUGGCCAGAAGAACAGGAUUGAUUGAUACUAAUAGUUUGGUUUUAUUGGUUGAUUCCAUUUGCUCUGUAUUCUGUGCUCAUCCCGACUGCCACUUUCAGCUCUUCAAUAUUAUAUAAUCAAGAACUACUGAAGAACUACAGAGACUACAGUCUAGGAAGCCUGACACCUCAUUUUACAUUGACUCAUAGAUUUUUCACUAGCUUGAAAUAAGAACUAAAGAUAAUUUGAAGCUGGUUAUCCUGUCCACUUAUGGCUCCUCAUCACCAACUUGCUUAAGUAAAUCUUCAACUAUACAAUAGUCAACUACUCAGUCCUCGUAAGUUCUUGCUGUACCGAUUUAUGACUCCCACGCUCUAAUCUACUGCAACAUCUCGAGUCUAUUCUAGCCGAUAACUUAUAAAUUUCCUGAGUUUAUGUCAUGAUCUUGAUCGACGAAACAAAAUACUCGUGCAUGGAGUGCAUCCGUGGCCAUCGUUCAUCGCUGUGUCGCCACCAUACUCGACCUCUUCUUCAGGUGCGGUCCAAGGGACGGCCUAAUGUUCAUGCCAACGGGAAUCCCAACCAUCGGAUCGCCGUUUUCGCGGAAGAAAUAUCUGAUGACCAGAAGUUGAAGCUGCCUUCCCCGGUUACUGUGGAAAAGUGUAAAAAAAACCCUGUGAUCAUUCUUAAGGCUUCGCCCAAGCAAGUGAUCGACUUGCAAAGUGGCCAAAUCGUUGGACCUUACGUAGAAGAUGGGCUGAAACUGGACAUCUCCAGGCCCCCACCUCCCGUAAUUAACAGUGAUAGCUUCAUCAACACCUCCACCUGUUGUGGCGGCAGUGGCAUUUCAAAACCCAACAAGCAGUGUGGCUGUUGUUCAAAUAAAAGCAAGCGUAUAAACAAGUCUAAGAUAUUGAAAACAUACAUCUCGAAACAGUUGCUGAAACAAAAGUCCCAGAUUCGAGCCGAUUAUGAAACUAAAUCCACCAAAAAAUUCGAAUUCAACAUAGUGAAGUCUGAACCUGUGUCGCUGACAAAGGUUUUGUCAAGUAAUGACUCUGAGCAGAUUUAUGAUGUAGUACCUGUGCCGUCGUGUUCCAUCCCAGGCUCUUGCUGUUGUGAUGAUAGUUGUUCCUGUGAAGGCUGUGUAGUACAUGGAAAUACUUCAGCUAGUGAGAUCAGCAAGUUGCUUCCGGCUGAUUUCAGUUUGCACAGCUUGAACAUCGACAUGGUUAGUAAUGUUAAUACUGUCAGAAAUAACCUCACUAACUUCAAUAAUGGCAUCUCUGACGUCAAUGAUAUCAACAAUAAUAAAAAUAGCACUAAUGGCAACCAAGAUACGGGCGCUAACGAUUCCCCCGAUAACCUCAUAUUCAAUUCCCUUCCUGACGACUUUUCUAAUUACAUCAAUACGACUUUACCUACAUUGGCCGCAAACCCGAUACUUCAUUCACAAACUCUACCAUCAGUUCCUAAUUUGUCAGGAAAUGGCCAAAAAUUCGACAGUCCCAACGAGGACGACUCACCCAGUACUGCUUCCUGCAGCUGUCCACCCAACGAUUGUGACUGUUCCAACUGUGAAACUCAUGGUAUUAUAAAUGGUCACAAAUUGGACGAACUCUUCGCUACAAAUAAUCCCAUGGAUCAUAAAAUGAUCUCCUUCUUCACCGAAUUGCUGAAUCCCAUAGACAUGUCUGGCUUUGACAGUGUAGCGAUUAAAACAGAAAAUGAGCUUUCUUUUGAUCAGUUCAAACAGAUGUUUGGCAUAGACCAAACACCGUUGGCUAAUAAUGGUGAUACUAUCAGUACUGGCUUUCUGAAUUAUACUAGUAGCAAUGUACUGGAGCCUUCCACAUUGUCCAGCAGCAGUAGCGGCGGAUGUUGUUCGAAAAAGUAGUUCUUGUAUAUAUAGGCAAUACGAUGCUGUGUAUUAUAGAGGAAUAUAAUAGAAUUUCUUGAAAGCCU